AUGGAGUAUCACAUAGAAUAUACCAGUGACAAAUCUCAUAAACCAGAAAAGGAGUUGUUUGUAGAAAAAUCAUUUAAUGAAAAAAGUUCGAAGAGAAAUAAAAACAUCCUUAUAGUCCUCUCCAUUUCAGCCAUAUGUUUAUUUGCUGGAUCAACAGUUUACUUUACCCGUACAGGGAAGGAAAAUAAUAACCAUUUUUAUGGAAAUUCCAUUGAUGAGCAUAACAAUGAUGAUUACAUUAUAACAUCCUUAUUGAAAAGUAAGGGAGGAAAAAAAUUCAUUGUUUCUAAAUUAGAAGAAUUGAUUGUGACCCAUUUGAAGAAUGGCGAACUUGAUAGUGAAAAGGAACAACUAAUCAAUUUGAAAGAGAAGAAAGGAGAUGAUAGAAGAUAUAAUAAUGCAGUUGUUUCUGAGAGUAAAAAAAGGGUGGGGAAUUUAAAGGCAUCUAGAAUAAUAAAUGAUAUAAACUUUUUUGAUACUAGAUUUUUGAUGACCAACAUAGAAACAGUGAAUGCAUUUUACCUGUUCAUGAAGAAGCAUGGAAAGAAAUAUAAAACUUCUGAAGAAAUGCAAGAAAGAUUUCUUGCUUUCUCUGAAAAUUUAAAAAAAAUAGAAAGGCAUAAUAGCAACCCGAAUAUUUUGUACAAAACAGGACUGAAUCAGUAUAGUGAUCUAUCAUUUGAAGAAUUAAAAAAAAGUAUUUUAAUUUCAAAACGUGAUUUACGUAAAAUAUUAGGAGAUUCUCCAUACAUGACUAGUUAUGAUGAUGCUAUAAAGAAAUAUAAAUCCCCCAAUGCAAUUGUUGAAAAUAUACAUUAUGAUUGGAGAGAAUUAAAUGCAGUUACACCUGUGAAGAAUCAAGGUAUGUGUGGUUCAUGUUGGGCAUUUGCAGUUGUAGGAAGUGUAGAAUCUCAAUAUGCUAUUAGAAGAAAUCAACAAGUUUCAAUAAGUGAACAAGAAUUAGUUGAUUGUUCUGCUAAGAACUUAGGAUGUUAUGGUGGUUUGGCAGGAUAUGCAUUUGAUGACAUGAUUGAAUUAGGUUUUUUCUGUGCAGAAGAAGAUUAUCCAUAUUUUGGUGUUCAACCAUUACAGUGUCGUACGAAUCAGUGUAAGAAAAAAUACACUAUUAAAAGUUAUGUUCAAAUUCCAAGUGAUAAAUUUAAAGAGGCUAUUCAAUUUUUAGGACCCCUCACUGUGGAUAUUGAUGCUGAUGAUGAUUUUGCAAUUUAUACUGAAGGUAUUUAUAACAGUGAUUCCAAUGAUGAAACUAAUCAUGAAGUUAUGCUUGUUGGUUAUGGUAUGGAAGAAAUAUUCAAUAACCAAUUAAAUAAAAAUGAAAAACAUUACUAUUACAUUAUUAAAAAUUCAUGGGGAACUACAUGGGGUGAAAAAGGAUUUAUGAGGAUUGAGACGGACGAAUUAGGUUUGAAGAAGACCAAUAACAUGAGUGUUGCAUACGUCCCCUUACUUGAUUAA